AUGUCAAGUUACGACCAGCUACACAGACAGUGCAGGACACUCGAGAAUCUGUUCGAUGCUAAACUCACAUCAUACUCACAACUGGCGUCCAGCAUUGCGCGACCGGGUCAGGAUAUUGAAUCUUCGGGCUCUGGAGAACGAUGGAGAGACUUGGAAAUAGAGUUGGAUGACCUAUCAUCAAAGUUGGAAGAAAUCAAUGACCAAUUGCGUGCAUUGGCCAGUAAUCCAGAACUCAUGUCAGCCUCCAUGCUUCGAACAAUUCAGAGACACAGGGAACUCCAGCAGGACAACAUGCGCGAGCUGAAACGAACGAAGACCAAUGUUAAGCAUGCACUCGACCAGGCCAAUCUCCUUUCAGGCGUACGGAAUGAUAUUGAUUCGUAUAAGUCAUCGGCUGCGGACUCGUUGUUAGCAGAGAGGGGUCGGAUUGACAGUUCGCAUCGAAUGACAGACGACGUGUUACAGUUCGUAUCUUACUCUGAAUGGAAAAAUAUACUCGGCUGA